AUGGAUAAAGAUAAAGUCAAGAAUAUUCGACGGGCUGCAAAAGGCACAUUAACGAGGGCAUUUAUCGCUUGUAAGAAUCUUAUUGAUGCUCAGCGCCCUGUUGUCGAAGUCAAAGAAGCGUUUGAUGUUGUUAAAAAUGCGUAUAAUGGUCUGGAAGUUAAGCAUGAAGAGUUUACAAUGGUGUUAGAUGACACCCAAUAUGACGAAGCUGAGGAAUGGAUGCAAGCUUGUAACAGUGAGUACAUGAAGUUUUCUAUGAUGUAUAAUGAUUAUUUGAAUGCCAAUGUUGCUGAAAAGGAAAAUGAUGAUGUAGUAAAUCAGGCUAUAAAUGAAGAUGGAAAUAAUGCAAAUGUGGACGGUGAGAAUGAUGAAAACAAUAGUGUAAAUGAUGACCAGGAAAGUUUAGAUAUGCAUGAGCCUGCUGAAGACGAACUAAGUAGUGUGACAAAGAAUGUGAAAUUGUCAAGCCCCUUUGCCAUGAAACACGAGAAGCCAAAACUGCCCAAAUUUGAUGGAGAUGUAAGACAGUACUUUAUUUUCAAGUCAGAUUUCCAGCAUGCUGUAGAAGCCCACUGUUCUGAAAGGGACACGCUUACAAUUCUUCGGUCAUGUCUUAAUGCCCAACCAGCAAAGUUGAUCGAAGGGAUAAGUUCAGAUUUGAAAACAGCAUGGAAGUACCUAGAUCAAAACUAUGGGAAUCCAAGAGUGAUGUCAGACACAGUCAC